AGCUUGAAAAUAAAGUGGUUUAUGUAAUUAACCUUAUGCUUAUGAUUAAAUUACUUUUUCUCCUGAUGAAAGUGUAUUUGUCCAACCUGGUGUAUUCAUUAGAGGGACAGCCUGGUAUAUGCUUGAGGAUCAGGCAGACUGGGUUACAUUAAAUUAAAUAAGGCUCAGAUGAUAAUAAUACAGACUUUGCUAGUGUUUUUUGAGGACUAUACAUGAAGUGCAGGGCUUGGCACACGUAGUAGGCACUCAGUAAAAGGGAGUUAAGUUGAUCAUUGUCAUUUUCUUUUUCCCUGUUAAGCUGGAUCCAUUAAGAUGUUUCCAGGGGCUAGACUCUUAAAACACUUCACCUUGCAGUCACCCUUGAUUUCUCCAUGGAGAAUGUUCCCACCAGCUUCCCCUUUGAUCUGCCUCUUUACCUCCCCAUGUUGCCUUCCCAGUGUCUUCACCUGGAAGGUACAAUAGCCCAAGAAAAACCUUAUGGAAGAGACCCUGCACAGGAUCCUUGCAGACCCUCAUGGUGACGCAGGGCCUGCUCUGAAAAGCUCUUACCUUGACCUUGGUUUUGGAGGUAGACAGGAAGAGGGGUAACUUUUGUCCCUGGUUCUUUCUUACUCUAUAACCUGCUCUGGCAAUCUUCUCUGCACCCAUGACAUCAGUGUCUUCUUAUAUUCUGAUGACUCCCAAAUUCUUUCUUUGUUUUGACCUGAACUCUCUUCUAAAUUCAAUGCCUGUGUUUCCCACUGCCUGCUAGACAUCUCCACCUGGAUCCAAAACAGAAACCCCUUUCUCUUUCCGCUCCAGCCCAGCUUACUUGCUUCUCCUGGUUUGUUUGUUUGUUUCCCUUCAUUUUGGCUUGUGUCACUUGGGUCCAUUCAGCCUCAGAUAUUUGGGAGUUAUCUUAGACUCUUUAUUCCUCCUUCCAUAUAUCCAAUUGGCUUCUAAGUUUGGGUCUUCUCCAACAACUCUAACAUAUCUUAAGUCUGUGCUUCCUUUCCAUUCCUAAUGCUACAGCCUUUAUUAUUUCUACUUGUAGCAAGCAGUCUCCUAAAUGGUCUUCCUGCUUUUGUUUUCCUCUUCUGUCAGUUCAUCUUCUGUGAGAGUGAACUGUCUACAAGGCAGUUCUAACGUUGUCAGUCCCCUCCUUAAAAUUCUUCUCAUCAAUUUCCUGCCGGGUAAAGGGGGAAAUACAUAUCUAACUCUUUCCUGAGCUAGCCCCUGCCUUGCUCUCCAGCUUCAUCUCUCCCUCACCGUUCACCCUCAUCACUUGUAGUUUCCUCAAAAUAUUAUAUUCCUUCUAGGAUCUUGGCACCUUCCCUUUGUGAACAUCUUUCUGCAAGGUCUGACCUUCCACCCAAGCUCUUACUCAUUCUGAAAGUUCAGCAAACAUGACAUCCAUCAGAAAGCCUUCACUGACUUCCCCAGGCUGACUUAAAAACUUCUUCCAGUAUUCUGCAAGGGGCCUCACUGGUACCUCUUUUCAGGCAGGAUGUGACAAGCUUGUUGGUUUUUGUUUUAACUUGUCUAUCUCCCUCACUAAAUUCUGAGCCCCUGAAAGCCAGGGACUGCCUUCAGUCCAUCAUCAGUCUCGUGGCUAAUUUCUAGUCUCAGUGGGUGGCACAUAGUAGGUGUUCAAUAAAUAUUUGCUAACUGGAUAAAUUUGUCAGAGCUAAGAAUUUACAGAAGCUAUUCUCUAGAUUUUUUUUUUUAUCUCCUCCUAGAUAAACCAGAGUUAUUUUAAUGAAAGAAGCGUGCAGGUUUGCUUUGCUCGUUACUGCUAAGAGGCUGGGCGCCCUGCUUGUGGUGGAGGCAUGAUGAGCGGGGUGCAAAUCUUAGUCCAGACCAUGGAGAAGUAAAAUGACUCACUGGCCUUCCCCCUCCUUGUGCAGCAUCUUCACUGAGGGAACUAGGGUAAAGAAAUGUUAAAGCUGGAUGUCGAUUCACAUGCUUUUGCAUUUCUCUUUCAUCACACCUUCUUGUGUCAAGUUAAGGCUCAUUUUUCCCUGUAUAUAAAAAAAUAAGAGUUGUCAGAGGUAUGAUCCAUUCAGUUCUGCCCCGAUUGCCCAGAUGUUACAUUUUGAGCAUUGCCCCCUGAGAGUAUAAUAAGGUCAUAUUUAUUCACUAGUAUUAUAUAGCUUUUUUCUUUCAUCCUCACUAAGUUUUUGAGCUGCAUUGAGAUUCUGCUUGCACCUUGUGUACUUUUUCCGAUGGCUUGGUCUGUGUCCUAUCAGUGCCAACAAAGGUGUGGUGAGGGCAUCUCCUGUGUCCCUCUAGCCGCUAAUGGCCCACAUUUUUAGAAGAAUGAAAGGUGGUAUGUAAGAAGCCUUGCGGGAAGUUCUGCCAUUGUGAGAAGGAGGAGAAACCAUUUUUCAGCUGGAAUCCCUGGAGAACACUGUUGGUGUAUGUAAGACACAGCUGGGCCACCUUGGUGACUAAUGGGGUUAAAUAAACCGAAGAUAAUUAGAGAGUUGGACUUGCAGAGAAGAACAGACGUGAGCUCCCUUGCACUACAAAGCCAACUAGAUAAUACGUAUCUGGAUUUUUUAAAAAAUUUUUAAAAGUAAUGCCUCUGGAUGUAUCUGAACCUGUUAGCACCAAUCAAGCCUGUACUUCUAAAAACUUCAGAGGCUUUCUGUAUUUUAAUUCAUUCAUCCAUGAAAUGCUAAGUAAAAGGCACAUUGAGAUUAAAUAGAUUCUAGCCUAUUAAGUUGUUUUGGGGGGCUUGGAACAGAGCUGCACCUGGCUGGCUAUGGGCAGCCCAGCGCUGUGACUCCCCACGCAGGUUUACCAGGGUCCAGGAGAUCUGAGUGGAUGUAGGCAGCAUGAAUCUCGACUAGGUUGCCAGUCGGCCAACAGUGUCUGUGAAAGUCAGGGUAAAGAGGAGGUCUUUUGAGGUCUUCUUGCCCUUACUAACUUAGUUUCUUCCAAGACUGCCCUGGAGCCUGAACCAAACAGAAAGUCUCAGUGCAUAUUUCACGCGAUGACUCUAUGCUUCACAGCUGGCUCAGUUUCCUUCCAAAGUGGCCAAUUCACUCCUCAACCAUUGGUGGCAAGUUUCACCAUGAAAACAUCCUGACUACAAAACUCAUUUGUUUCUGUGGUAGGAGGCUGAAGACAGGAAAGUUACCUUAACCAACACACUUGGUCAGUUCUAACUUUUAGCUUGAAAGAGGUGGUCCCUGAGGGCUUGGAGGUCGGGAAGAACUAGGCAUGACUUGUGGCUGCAUCUAUGGGAUAGAAUAGAGGCAGUUUACCAUCUCUUUAGGAUACAAACCUCCUGCAAGAACAGCCUUGGAUUUUCUGUUUUAGCUUACGAGAGGAAACCAAACUUUCUGGCAAAUAGCAAAGUAUGGCUGCUAUUUCUGCCCCGUUGCCUCACAGUGUUUGCAAAAGCAUUGCAAACAGCUUAAAUUAUAAAUGAAAAAGCCCAGUCCAGCCUGACUCAGACUACAUACUGGCCACUCUUCCAUGACAUGUGCAGGAGCUUUUAUUAAAGAGUCCAGGAGGAAAAGUCUGAGGGCGAACGUGACGCUAUGCAGGGAAGGACCUCUCCUGCCAGACGUCCUGGCUGAAGCCAGGUUCCCCUGCUGGGUCAGGCGGACCGUUGCUAGGAUCCUCGGAUGCUGGCAGCCUGAGUGCUCUCUGAGCCCUUUCGGAUCGUUCUCUGUUUUGUUUCUCAUGUUGCCUUUGGGCUGUGCGAUCACAUUUGUGUAUUUUUCCAUCCUUCUUUUCCGAUCUUUCUCUUGACUCUGGGAUUUCCCACUUAAAGAUCAUGGAUGCUGGGGCCUUUCUCUGCCUGCUUUUGUCCCCUGAAACAUAUGGCCAGAAUCCAGUUAUUGGAAACUGAGGCACCAGGUUCCCAGUUGAGGAGUAGUGCCACAUAGAAGCCAGGCCCAUCACCAAGGGCACACGUAACAGUGGACCAGCAAGAGUGAGUAGAGAAGGGCCCUUGUCAUAGGCUGGCCAGUGGCUCUGCUCCUACCCAAUCACUGCGCGUCCUCUUAUUGAGGGGCACAACUACUGGAUUUCAAAAUGAGCUAGGAGUUGCUCACCUUUCGCUAUCCUUUUCCCCCAUAGUUUGCAACUGUUGUCUCCCAUUUAGUGGCUUUGUGGAUUAUCACUCACUACCUAGAAUCCUACCCACUGCUGAUUCCAUUUAGUGUUUGGAACAGAAGGCGGGUUGUUUGUAAUGUAAGAUGGAUCAAGGUAUAACUACAUAGGAAAUCAGCAACAACUGUAAGCACAGAAUACAAUGUAAACUCACACAGAUGUAGCAGUACUAGUUUGGGAUUAACCACACUGCUGCCACCUUCAAGAGUUGGAUAAAUCAUAGGACAGAGGCCACUCUGCUUUAGAAUGCCUCCCCGUCUGGUGGAAAAUAGUGCCCUGUGGAAUAGGUGUGGCCAGCUCCCAGAACAGCAAGGGGUUGAUUUUUGCACUCCGACUAAAAGCACUGUUGAAACCAUAUUCUUCUUCUGGACAUGAUUCUCCCCCAGAGCAGAGCUGGACACGUUACUGGCUCUGGUGGGGCCAGAGAACUGCUUUCUUCAGCCCAAGAUGACUUUGAUUCUGAUUGGUGCUCAGACCUUGUUCUGUCUGGGGUGGACCCAGAGCAAACACACCUCCGACCUGUAAUCCCUGAUGCUUAGGUAUCCCUAAGAGAGGUCGCCUGCUGUGCUCUGAAGAUCCGGGACCAGGACUAGUGGGCUGUUGUCCCAGAUACUCCUCUCUGUGGACCUGUCUCUUUAUUCCCAAGCAGCCAACAGCAAAAGCGGCAAGUGCACUCUGCCUGCUCCAUUUUCUCAGCUGGUCUAUCCUACUUCAGGUUGCAGCCUAGCAUAGCACUGGAGCCCAGAAAUGCCAGGGGGUGGAACCUUGACUGUAAUGUGGCCAUGUAUAGUCACAAACUCUACUACGACCGUGGGAACCACCAUGAAUUUGUGUCCCUGGUGAAGGACUUGGCCCGGCCUGGAGAAAUUACCCAGUCGCAGGCCUUCGACUUUGAAUUCACCCACGUGGAGAAGCCGUAUGAGUCCUACACUGGGCAAAAUGUGAAGCUCCGGUAUUUCCUUCGAGCCACCAUCAGCCGUCGCCUCAAUGAUGUUGUCAAAGAGAUGGACAUUGUAGUUCACACCCUCAGCACAUACCCAGAGCUGAACUCCUCCAUCAAGAUGGAGGUUGGCAUUGAGGACUGUCUGCACAUUGAGUUUGAGUACAACAAGUCCAAAUACCACUUGAAAGAUGUCAUUGUGGGGAAGAUAUACUUCCUGCUGGUGAGAAUCAAAAUCAAGCACAUGGAGAUAGACAUCAUCAAGCGGGAAACGACAGGCACCGGCCCCAACGUGUAUCAUGAGAACGACACGAUAGCCAAGUAUGAGAUCAUGGAUGGAGCGCCAGUGAGAGGAGAGUCCAUCCCAAUCCGGCUCUUCUUGGCUGGCUACGAGCUCACCCCCACCAUGCGGGACAUCAACAAGAAGUUCUCGGUGCGCUAUUACCUCAACCUGGUGCUUAUAGACGAGGAGGAACGGCGCUAUUUCAAACAGCAGGAAGUGGUGUUGUGGCGGAAGGGUGACAUCGUACGGAAGAGCAUGUCCCACCAGGCAGCCAUUGCCUCACAGCGCUUCGAGGGCACGACCUCCUUGGGUGAAGUGCGGACCCCCAGCCAGCUGUCUGACAACAACUGUAGGCAGUAGGCCCCCAGGGCCAAGAAGCUGCUGGGCUUCCACCCAGCACCCCCGUCUACCAAACACCAGCGGCUAGGGGAGGUGGACGACAGUGCGAUGCUCAGCUGACCAAUUUCUUGCAACCUGAAAACAAAUCAUGUUUUUGACUUAAAUUCUUUUUUCUGAAGAACCUGAGGGGCUUGGGCUGGGAAGCAGUCUCCUUGGGAUUUUGAGGCUGGUGUGGGAAUAGCAACAGGUAACAUCCCGGAAGCUAGUCUCUCGCCGGGAAAAGAGCCUUCUGUUGAGGCUUUGCCCGUGGGCUGCCUCACAUUGUAUAGGAGAGCAGCAGAGUGCCAGCAUCCUUGGCUCUGGCUCUGUGGCUUCCUGAUACAGUAUCUGACCACGUCCCUGGGGAUUCUGAACUGCCAGCAGGGCCCCAGGUAAUCACAUCUUGUCCUCCCCUUUAUGUUCCUGAGGUAGUGGCAGGAGUUGGGCCUGCCCCAUCCUAACUGGCCAGGGCAGACUCAAGACCAGGAAGCUACCUCUUAGGCAGUCUUGGUUGUGGUGCUUUGAAGUUUCCACGCACCACCUCCUUUCUGGCCUUUCUCUCCCUGCUGGGACCCAGGAACUUCCAUUCUCCAUCUUCUAUGGAUUCUUUUCAGUAACAUCCUAGAAUAGAAGCCUGUAGAAGGCCCUUUGGCUGAUUGUCCCCUCACCUGUGAGAAAUCCUGGCACAGAGACACCCAGGGGUCAGGGUCAUGCAUGGAUAGCAGCAGUGCAAACACAGGAGGCCGAGCCGGAAGGCAUAUAACUGCGUGGUAGCUGUCUGCCUUCACCAUGUGACUCCACUCAUUCACCCUGAGGGCUGGGUGAUUUUAGGGUAUUGUUGCGUGUGUCCCAGUAAGCCUAAACAAAGGCAUCUGUUUCCUUCAAGAACAGAUCCCGGGAAGGGGCCUUGCUCUCUUUGCUUCCAUCUCUAAGGAUGGGUCCUCAUCACUCCUUGCUCUCCAUUUAAUUUCUGAGAAUUGGGGUGUGGAUCUCAAACCCUUGGAAGUUUUGUUACUACUAUCACCCAAGCCCCUUCACUCCCUGCCUAAGCCUAAGAGUUAAGGGAAAGUGAUGAGGGGCCCCCUGAGACGACUCUGCUAUGUAACUUCAGAAUCAUUCUGCUUGCCAAAUUAUGUCUUCAUCUUCACCAGUGGACUGACCAGAGUUUAGGACCAUUAGUAUUUUUGUUUAAAAACAUAUACAGAAACUCUCGUGGAUAUUCUCGUUAACAGUAGAGGGAUUUCUCCCUCUGUUGUGCUGUGCUUGGGCCUAUUGUAGAUGUUGGCGUCCUUUUCUGCCUCAUCUGGAAAUGACCAGGAAUUACUCUUAUUGGCCUCCCUUCUCUUCUAGAAUGACCAAGCAGACCCCACUGGCCAAUAAGUACAAUGUUUGGCGGUUUGAGUACUCUGUAAUUUGGAAAGCAGAGAGGUUGGUUCCUGUAUCAUCUUUCAGUUAGUAUGGAAAAUGUUUCCUCAAAAAAUCAGUGUAAUUGUGGGCCUUUGAGCAGGGCUCAUGGAUCAGAAGUGAGAUUAGAUGGAAAGGCAUUUGGGACAACCCUUGAGGAUGACUGGGAGCAGAACCAAGGAAGGUGAGGUGGUUUCCCCCAUGCUGGACCCUGAGUGCAGGUGCGAUGGACAGUCCCCAUGGGAACAGGAUCAUCCAUCCAGCUGCCCCUGGAUUUUUCAAGGUUAGGACUCAAGUGUAUGGGGGAGGCAGGUACUGUGCUCCUUGCCUUUUUCAGAGCAUGAGAUUAGACUCUGGUGUGCCUCCCGUAAAAAAUGGCAUUCUAACUAGAAAGCAUCUGCCAAGUCCUCUGCUUCCCAACAACACAGAUUUAUUUUCCAACUUUCCUAACAUCUUAAACCUUUGUUCUGAGAGAACGAGAAGAUAGAAUUUGCUGUUAUUCUCUCAGGAGCUGUGCACAAGCCAGGUCUUCUGUUUUUUCUUACUCUGCCGCCAUUCUCUUACUUCUCUGUCCAACUGUGGAAGUGAGGGGAGGCUCCUGUCCCCCUCUGUAAAGUUUCCCGUACCUGGGAGUGUAUAGGUACUAAACCAAGCAGUGCAACUUGUAAUUAAGCAGCUGCAGUGUUUACAUGUUUCUUAAUGUGUCGUCUUUUCAAUGGCUGUAUUUUAAAAAAAGAACUUGUUUCAGUUGUUUCUGAUUAAAGGAAGCCCCCGUGGCUUGGAGGCAUCAUGCCCAUGUCCCA